AUGUUUUCUGGGUGGAACUGGGUGGCCCAUGGCUUAUAUCUGCUCUUGAAUAUUUGUUCUCUUGAAGUUUCAGGUGGACUUGUACAGUCAUGUGGUCACAUCAUCCCAGAGUCUCCUGUAUUGGCCCUUGGUUCCAAUUUCACAGCGUUAUGCAUUUUGAAUGAGAGUUGUCUUGACUUUGGCAAUAUCUACGCUAAUCAAAUUAUCUGGAAAAUUAAAAAUAGAGUGGUACCUAGAGAACAGUAUCGUGAAAUAAAUAGAACAGUUUCCAGUGUCACAUUUAAUGACACUUCUUCACUAGGUACUCCUCUGACGUGCAAUAUUUUAGCAGAUGGACAGAUUGAGCAGAACAUCUAUGGAAUUACUGUUACAGUAGGCUUGCCCCCAGAGAAGCCCAAGAACUUAAGUUGCAUUGUGCAUCAGGUGUCGAAACUCUCAUAUCCUAUGACCUGCACCUGGAACCCUGGAAGGCAUACAUUCCUGGACACUCACUUUAGGUUGAAAUAUAGAUGGCCACAGGAGAACUUUCCUGACUGUAUACCAAAAGAUGUGAACAAUUCUUGUAAGAUUACUGAUGUUCAGUUCUUUGUUAACCUGGAGGUCUGGGUAGAAGCAGCAAAUGCUCUUGGGAAGGCUGAAUCUGAUCCUCUUGUUCUUGAUCCCAUUGAGAUUGUUAAACCUCUGUCUCCACAUAACUUAUCAGUCAACUCAGGAAUACUACCUACUGUUCUGAAGCUUUCCUGGGAGAAUCGGAUUUCAGCAGCUGUGAUGAAGCUGAAAUUCAAUAUUCGCUAUAGAAUCGUUGGUGACACAAACUGGAUGCAGGUUCCUCCUGAAGAUACAGCUUCACCAAGAACUUCAUUCAGUGUUCAAGGGCUCAGACCCUACACAGAGUAUGUCUUUUCAAUCCGUUGCAUGAAGGAAGAUGGAGUGGGCUACUGGAGUGACUGGAGUGAAGAGAAAACUGGGGUCACCACUGAAGAUA